AUGGCGGCAAUAGAUCAGACCGAGACAGAGACGAACACAACAGCGGCGGAGAACACAGAGGCAGGCGCAGCGGCGAAGGAGAGCGAAGCGCUGGUGAAGCAUCCGCUGGAGCACCGCUGGACGCUCUGGUUCGACAAUCCACAACAACGCGGGAAAAGCGGCGGCUCGUGGGGAAGCUCGCUCCGCGUAAUCUUCACGUUCGGGACCGUUGAAGACUUCUGGUGUUUAUACAACAACAUAGUGCAGCCGAGCAAGCUGAUGAACAAGGCGGACAUGCACCUGUUCAAGGAGGGCAUUCAACCCAAGUGGGAGGACCCUAAGUGCGAGAAGGGCGGCUCCUGGACCAUCCCCUGCUCGCGCAGCAAGGAGUACCUCGAUAACAUGUGGCUGCACCUGAUGCUGGCGAUGAUAGGCGAGCAGAUCGACGAGGGCAACGACAUCUGUGGCGCCGUGGUGAGCAUCCGACCAAACAAGGACAGAGUGGCGCUCUGGACUAAAUCCGCUGCCAGCGAAUCCAUCCAGACGAGCAUUGGCAAGCAACUGAAGGAGAUUCUUGGCAUCACGGAGCAGAUCGGGUUCUCCUCUUUUGCGGACCAGAAAGGGUCAAGUGCGAGGCCGGCGACAGAAUCGCAAAAGAAGAAGCGAAGCCCGUCGCCCAAUGACAGGAAGCGGUCGGCGACGCCCGAGACGACGAUGCUGUACGUGGGGUGCCUCACGCGCAACGUCAACCAGGACCACCUGCGCGAGAUAUUCGGGCUGUACGGCGAGCUAAGCAAAGUCGAGAUCGCCAUGGACCGCGUCGUGAACCUACCCAAGGGCUACGGGUACGUGGAGUUCAAGAAGCGCGCCGAUGCGGAGAAGGCGCGCCUGCACAUGGAUGGGGUGGCGCAAGGGGAAGGUCGCCGUCCCCGCCCCGAGGGGGAAGGAGGCGCUCGCCCGUGCGCUCCCCCCCUCGCAGGCAGCGCAGUGUCUCUCCCCCUCGCCGUGUGA